AUGGAGGCUAACAUAUGUGAUGUCAAUCAUUUGGAUGCCGAUGUCUUAUUGCCUCCACGAAAGCGUCUGCUUGCUGGAUUGAAGAAACAGAGUCCGGAUGGUGAUGGAUCUUCAUGGCUGUCUCUAGUUGCUUCUUCAGCUUCAGCAUCAGCUUCGGCAUCUGCAUCUUCCUCUUCAUCGCCUUCUUCAAGUGAAUUUAACACACGUCUUAACAAUAUAUUGAGUUCUCAUAACCCUAACCUUUCACCUGAGGAGCUGGUAGAGAUCUCAAAUUCAGCUGCUGCUGCUGCAGCUAAGGCUGCAGAGGAUGCAAGAGCUGCAGCUGAAGAGAAAGCUGGCAUAGCUGCAAAGGCAGUGGCUGCAGCCAAGAGUGCUUUAGAAUUGGUUGCCUCUUUUUCUGAAGAUGUAGGAUGCAAGGAAAAAUACCUGAAAAAGAACAAGCUCAAGAAGCAUGUUCCAGUUCAGCUUUUGUACAAAAAAUACCAACCAAUUGAGAAUUGCAAGAAAGAUGAAGAGUUGGCCCGAAAGUUGCAUAGAGCUAUAAAUAGCUCCCCGAGAAUCUCAAAGAAUUCAUCAAGUACUGACUCGAAAGGUCAUAAACACAAGAAGCCUAAAAUCGUGCACAUAGCAGGUAAGGUCAAUGUUGAAGGCACCAUUCUAGAGUUGUACAAAAACAAAGCCGAAGAAAAAGCUUAUAGACAUGAUAAAGCUGGUCGAUUGGAGAUGGAUAAUGAGGAAGCAGAAUCAAGUCAGAUGAAGGAAAAAAGUUGGGAUGAUGUGUGUACUAGUGGUAAAAAGAGGGGAAGAGUGAAGCUAAAAAAGUUGCCUUUAAGCAUUUGCACCUUCAGGGAUCAAGCAAAUCCCAAAGAAGAAAUGGAUGCAAGAGGCUCUCCAUUGACUGUCAUAAACAGGGGCAAUCCUACUGCUGGAAAGAAGCCUUUGUUUCCUGUGGAGUCUUCUGCUGAUAGUAUGCUGCCAAUUGAGGCCACACCAGUGUGGAAAUACCAGGAUUUCAAGGCGCCUGCGUGUGUGAAACAAAAUAAAGUCAUGCAGUCAUAA